GGCACAUAUCACACCACACACAGGAGCUCAGCGUUUGUCCGCACAGAGUCCUCUCUAAAGUGGCGCGCCACUGGAGCGGGCUGUGGGACCGUGACACUAUGGAGGAAGAAAUCAGCUCGGAGUUUGUAGAAGGAUCAGAUGAUGUUUUCCGUUUUGGAGACCACCUGGAGCUGAAUCAGUUUGAUGGCUUGCCUUACUCCUCCCGGUAUUACAAACUCCUUCAAGAGAGAAAGAAACUUCCGAUAUGGAAAACGAGAAUCGAUUUCAUGAAUGCUUUAGAAAACAAUCAGCUUAUAGUCGUCUCAGGCACAACAAAAACGGGGAAAAGUACACAGGUUCCUCAGUGGUGUGCAGAGUUCUGUCUCUCGGCGGAGUAUCACCAUGGAGUGGUGGUCUGCAGUCAGAUCCAGAGGCAGCAGGCUGUAGAUCUGGCCCUGCGCGUAGCUGACGAGAUGGACGUCAACAUUGGUCACGAAGUGGGCUACAGUAUACCACUGGAGAACUGUUGCUCUAACGAUACCAUUCUCAGGUACUGCACAGAUGACGUCCUCAUGAGAGAGAUGAUGUCUAACCCGUUGCUGGAGCACUACGGGGUGGUGGUGAUUGACCAGGCCCAUGAACGCACUGUGAGCACUGACCUGCUCCUGGGUUUGCUUCGCGAGGUGAUUUCCCAGCGGCCUGAGCUCCGCGUCGUGGUGCUGUCUGUCCCCCCGGCCUCUGACAGGCUUGUCGCGCACUAUGGUGGCGUGCCCCACCUGCGGGUGGAGGCCAUGCCCUCGGCCGAGGUGGUGUACAGCAGUGGAGGCAGGGCGGAGAGCUUCUACGCGGCCCUGAGGCUCGUGCUGGAGGUGCACAGAGCCCAGGAGCCUGGCGACAUGGCCGUCUUCCUCGCCUCGGAGCAGGAAGUCAGCUGCGCUUGCAGUAUCUUGGCUAAGGAGGCUGCUAGGCUAAGUGGUACCCUGGGAGAGCUAGUUCCCUUGGCGAUGUGUCCACUCCAUGCUGGUAUCUGCCUUCCAAUCACAGAGGACCAGAAGAAGAGUAGGAGGGUCUUUCUGUCUUGUAGCCAAUCGGAAGAUUUGUUUUGGUCAGUGGACACACUGAAUUUUGUGAUUGAUACAGGAGUGGAAAAGAGAUUUGUGUAUAACCCCCGUGUGAGAGCCAGCUCUGAGGUGAUCAGACCCAUCAGUAGGUGCAGGGCAGAGAUCCGUAAACAGCUCGCUGGCACGGCAGGUAAGUGUUUCUGUUUGUACCCUGAAGAGAUGGAGCUCUCUCCUGAGAUUCCUGCUGGCAUACUAGAAGCAAACAUCACCUCGGCUGUGCUAUUCCUGAAGAGGAUGGAGGUUGCCGGACUCAGACACUGUGACUUUAUCAGCAGGCCAGAUCCCGAGGGCUUCAUGCAGGCUCUGGAAGAGCUGGAUUAUCUUGCUGCACUGGAUGAUGAUGGGAACCUGUCAGAGAUUGGGAUUAUAAUGUCCGAGUUCCCCUUGGACCCACAGAUGGCGAAGGCUCUUCUGGCCUCCUGCCAGUUUGAUUGUGUCAGUGAGGUGUUAACUAUUGCAGCAAUGCUAGCAGCUCCGAGCUGCUUCGUGGAGCCCCCUGUUGGCAUGGUAACAGAAGCCAUGAGGUGUUACAUGAAGUUAUAUCACCCAGAAGGAGACCACUUCACUUUGAUUAACAUCUACAACACUUUCAAAAGUAGCCAGGAAAAGCCACACUUCACGCCGGAGGAGUGGUGUCAGGACUACUUUCUCUGCUGUGCAGCGCUACAGACCGCAGAGGCCAUAAGAGCUGAGCUCACAGACAUCAUGAAGCAGCUGGAACUGCCGAUGUCCGAGCCGGCCUUCGGCACCAAGGCCAAUACGCUCAACAUCAAGAGAGCACUGCUGGCCGGUUUCUUCAUGCAGAUUGCUCGAGAUGUGGACGGCUCAGGCAGUUACUUCAUGCUGAGCACCAAGCACAUGGCAAAGCUCCACCCCCUUUCGGCGUAUGGUGCCAAGACGCCCCAGCUCAGCCCUCCCGAGUGGCUGCUGUUCCACGAGUACACACUCUGCGACAGCAACUGCAUCCGCACGGCCACGCCCAUCCCGCCCCAGCUGUUCAUUCAAAUGGUGCCACAAUAUUUUUUCUAUAACCUGCCCUCUAGUGAGAGUAAGGAGAUACUGCAACACAUUCUGGACCGUGAGGGGUCUGCAAACAGAAACGGGAGACGCAAGCCUCAGCCUGUUGCCACAGAUGCCCCAAAAGAGACGGAAGGGUCACGGUCUUCCGACAGAUGUUUGCUACAGUAAUGAACAGGCAUGACCUCCAUGCUUUCAGCCACACCCGAGACUUUUCAAAGCAGAUGGCCCUUAAUGGGAGAACCCGCACUGUGGGCCACUCAGCAUCAAGACUUUUCACCGAUUUAACAGUCUUAUUCAGGCAUGUGAGCAUGGUUAUUGGUUACAGUUCUUCACGGCAUUUUCAUAAGUAAGACAUCAUGUGUAAAAAUAAAGUAGGUUCAGCUUUGUC